UAAUGAGAGAGGGGAAGGGGAAUGGGACCAAGUUGGCAGGGCGUGGGAGAGGACGAACAUGACUCUGUCGGUUGUUUUUAUGCUCUCAGUUUUGGUUGUUUGUUUGUUCAUUUUGUUGUUGUUGUUCUUCUUCUUAAUCUCAAAAUUUUCUUUCUAUUCAUUCACUCAGUUGUUUUCCACUUUGAAAAGAAAAAGAAAAAAAAAAAAACUCCUCUCCUUUCUUUUCAACCUUAGCUUCAUCUCAAGCAACCAAGCUGUCUCUUGUUGCUUACAUAGUUGGCCUGCUGGAACCACUGAAACACAAAACUCCCCCAGUCCUCCUUCUUCCACCCCACCACCACCUUCAAUUCAUUAUCUUUCUUCAAUGCUUUCCCUUUUAAAUAUUUUGCCUCUCAUCUUCUUAUCUCUUUUAGUUUAAACCCUUUUUUUAGUUUUCUUCUUCUUCUUCUUCCUAUUAUCCUUAUCUUCUUCUUUUUUCUUUUUUUUUCUAUUUCCUUUCUGAACUCCUUUUUUUUUGUUUUAAGAUUCGGAGACAUGAAACCAAACUGGAUGAGUUGAUGAGUUCCUAAGGUGGUGGAGAUGCUGGUGUUUGGUUUUUCUCUUAAGGUAUAGAUUCAGGGCCCCAUUUUGUGUGUGUGUUUCUUUUUUCUUAGCUCUUUUGUUUUCUUUCUUUUAAAGUUUAAACCCCAACCCCAGGAAAUAAAAGAGAAGAGAGAAACAAAAGAAAAAAGAUUUAGAUGACCCCUCCUCUUCCAUCUCCUCUCGUUAUCACUUAUAGAUCUUUGAUUCUCUCACUCAUCUCAAACCAAAGCUGUUGAAUUUUUUUUUCUGAAAAUUAGCUUCAGAAAAAUAAAAGCUUUUGCUUUUGAAGAUUAUUAGUUCUAGCUAGCUAGUUUUCCACCUAAGAGUAGAUUGAUUUUCUCCUAGGAUAGAUCAUUUAAGACCACCAGAUUGUCCAAUAAUUGAAGUUGUGAAAGUUGAAUAGUACAGUUGUGUUUGUUUCAGAAGUAAUUAAUCCUCCAGAAGAAAUGGCUUUAACUGGAGAAGAGAAAGAUAUGAGAAUGCCAGGUUCAUUAGGCUUUGACUCACUUGAUAACCUAGACCAUAAUACCCAUAACCACCACCAUCACAUUCAAGCCCAGCCGGAACAGCAACAACUCAUCCAGGAACCCAAAAUCCGGCCCCUUGGAAACAGCGCAACAAAUGCACUGAAUUCCGGUGGAUCUAAGCCCAAAUCCUCAUCUCCCUUUGGAAGGAGUAACAAUAGUAGUAAUGUAAGGUACCGAGAAUGCCUGAAGAACCACGCUGCCAGCAUCGGCGGAAACGUGACGGACGGAUGCGGCGAAUUCAUGCCCGGCGGUGAAGAAGGAAGCCUUGAAGCCUUCAAAUGCGCCGCCUGCCAGUGCCACCGCAACUUCCACCGUAAAGAAAUCAGCGGCGAGAACUCCUCCGCCGCCAUCGUGGUGCACCAGCUUCAGCUCCCUCCGCCGCUUCCGUCGCCCUCCAUGAACCAUCGCGGAGGAGGAGGAGGAGAGCAUCACUGGACUACUACUAUGGUUCAGCCGGUGAAGAUGGCCUUCGGCGGCUCCGGCGGAGGAGGAGGUGGAAGUGCAAGUGCAGCUACAGAUUCUUCAAGUGAGGAGCUGAAUUUCAACGCUUAUCAGUCAACUUCAAUUCCUCCGCCACCCCAAUUCGUUCUUGCUAAGAAGAGGUUUAGGACUAAGUUUUCUACAGAUCAGAAGGAGAAAAUGCUGGCAUUUGCUGACAAGCUUGGGUGGAGGAUCCCUAGGGAAGAUGAUACUGAAGUUCAGAGGUUUUGUGCUGAAGUUGGGGUGAAACGGCAAGUUUUUAAGGUUUGGAUGCAUAAUAACAAGAAUUCUGCUAAGAAGACUCCUCAAGAUCAAUCAUAAACACAACCAUUCUGGGAAAAAUUAAUUAAUAUUGCAGUGAGUUGGUAGGUAGAAGAAGAAGAAGAAGGAAUUAAUGAGAUUUGUAUAGGGUUAAGAGAUUUAGAGAUGGUGAUCAUGGAUUAUGGGUUCUUCUUGAUUAUUAUUAUUUACCAUUUUAUGUAUGGUUUUCUUUCUGUUUAUCUCCAUCACAUUGGUAGAGUUUUUUUUUUUUGUUAGUUUCAUGUCGAUUUUCUUUUGUGUUUUUAAUUAAGAGAACCUCCUUUCAGAAGUUCUAGAUUAAUUCCUUUUCGCUUUCUAGAUUCGAGGAGGACCAAUGUUUCUGCUUCCAAUCAUAUUCUUUUUUUUUCUUGGUUCACCUGCAUUAAAUCUGAU